AUGGCGUCCGCUCUCCCCUCCCUCCCACUGCACGGGGCUUACCCGCCCCGCCUGGCAGGGGCAGGGUUACCAAGGCGAAGCCAAACAGCCGCCAUUUUGCUUAUGGGCUGGGAGUGCAGUCUGCGCCCGCCGAGCCCUCAGUGUCCAUUUUACAACAGCGCUUUGCACGUUACGCUGAACGGCUCGGGUCUGGGCGCGGCCGAGACACCAGACUGCGGAGUAAAUUUUCGCCACAAAGUACGCGAAAAGCCGGGCAGACCCGCCGGAUCUCACACACGCAGAGGAACUUACUUGAGGGGCGGGGAAGAGGGGGGCGAGAAAGGGGAAGGAGCGGGAGCUUUGACCGAGACCCGUUCAGGGCGAUGUGGAGGUUUUGACCGAAUCUCUCCUGUCAAGAAGACAGUUGAGGCUGAGAGUCUUCCCCGAAGCGUUUUAAGGCUCAUAUAUAAGGGAACGAGACGAGCAGUGAACGAGCCUCGUUUCCCCUUUAGGGAACGGCACUUGGGGAGCAGGUACGGUCUGCUUUUAUCCGGACCAGCGGGAGCUGGCAAAGCGAGAGGGUCACCAGCCUCUCAGGGAAGACGCAGCUUCUGCCGUUUGCACGGAACUCCUCUCCCUUCCACCACAUCCCCUCCCAGCUCCUGUUCUGCCCGCACACCGCCCUGCCUCCCCUGCCCGGCUUCAGCCCCUCCAGCGAUACGGCUGAUUGAGGGAGGGGAGGCGGUGGCUGGGGUUUCAUUCGACGCCCACCAGGGGCUGAGCGAGCCUCCUUCAGUGCGCAAACUCGGGGCACCAGAUAAAAGCUGGGCUGGCAGCUCUUACCCUGCCUCGAUGGAGCCGCCACAAUCGGGUGACUGGAGAAGCAGUUAGCAGCAGCGCCAUAGACUAGCGUCCCCCCACACCUUGGGCAGAGAGAGUUUGGGGCUCUAAACAGCUGCUGCUGCGGCAGGAGGGAGCCGAGGUGAAGGGAUCUGCUAGCUGGUUGGACGCAGAGGAGGCGGCUGUAAUGGGGCAUUGAGCCUGAGGGAGGAGGGGGGCGAUUAAACGUCUUGUGAUCA